UUUUAUCCGAUCCAUAAAAUAUACGUUUGCGAUGGUGGAAUUGUUACUUUAUAAAUAAUAUAUAUUUUGAUAAACACAUUGUAUUUUUAGAAGAUUUAUGUCGUAUAGAUAAAUCCAAUGAAUUUUGAAGAAGAGAUAAUAUCAAUGCGAAUUGAUUAACGUUGUUCGAAAGAAGAGGUUAAAUUGAUUGACAUUAAGCUGUCAUUGUUUACCGAUUUCUCCUAGUGUUUUUAUUUAUUCACAAUUUUAUUAACGUAUGAAAGCGUAUAAGUUACAAAAAUAUGUGAAAUACUGUACAUCAUAUAAAAGCAAUGGCUUCAAUCUGUAGACGAUGGAGAUUAUGGAUAUUACCAGUUUUGACUUGCUUGUAUGCUCUCUUAAUUGUUAUAUUAGUACCGCUUUUAAUAGCUAAUUCUAUUAAGGAUGAUUUAAAUAAACAAAAACAAGGUGCAUUGGUGGGUGGAGCGUUUGUAUUAUUGGCAUUGCCUAUCGCUUUUUACGAAAUCGUCCAACAUAUGAUAUAUUACACUCAACCUAGGUUACAAAAAUAUAUCAUUAGAAUAUUAUGGAUGGUACCUAUUUAUGCGGUAAAUGCUUGGUUGGGACUUGUAUAUCCUGAAGGCAGUAUAUACGUCGAUAGUAUAAGAGAGUGUUACGAGGCAUACGUGAUAUAUAAUUUCAUGAUGUAUCUGUUGGCCUAUCUAAAUGCAGAUCAUCAAUUAGAACACAGAUUGGAGAUGUCUCCUCAGGUACAUCAUAUGUUUCCUUUAUGCUGUCUUCCUGAUUGGGAAAUGGGACGAGAAUUUGUACAUAUGUGCAAACACGGUAUUUUACAAUACACAGCAGUUAGGCCUAUAUCAACUUUAGUAUCUUUUAUAUGCGAAUUAAAUGGAGUAUAUGGAGAAGGAGAAUUUAGAGCAGAUAUUGCUUUUCCAUACAUGAUCGCUCUAAAUAAUUUGUCCCAAUUUAUUGCAAUGUAUUGCUUAGUUCUUUUCUAUCGUGCUAAUUCGGAAGCUCUAAAACCAAUGAAACCAAUUGGGAAGUUUUUGUGUAUUAAAGCAGUCGUUUUCUUUUCGUUUUUUCAAGGAUUUAUAAUCGCUUUGUUGGUAUACUUUAACGUAAUAUCAAGUAUAUUUAACACGGAAAACACACAUCUUAUAAGAAAUAUAUCUUCCAAAUUACAAGAUUUCUUAAUUUGUAUUGAAAUGUUCUUAGCUGCGAUAGCACAUCAUUACAGUUUUACGUAUAAACCAUUUGUAAAUUUAGCACAGAGUCAAGCUUGGUGGGACGCAUUUAGGGCGAUGUGGGAUGUUUCCGAUGUACAUAACGAUAUUAAAGAACACUUAGGAGUUGUUGGAUCAUCCCUAAGUCGCAGAAUUAGAGGACGCAGUGCUUAUCAACAAGCAUGGGGAAGUGCAACAGAACGUACGUCGCUUCUUCCUGAAGCAGCAGCAGUAAUACCUAGAAGCGCACCUGCUUGUUCGUUUUCUAGUUAUAAUACAGCUGAAAAUGGACAGAAUAAUAAUCCCGGUGAUAGUUUUUCUGUAUCAACUGACAUAAAUACCGAUACGCAGCAUAGUACUAAUAACAUAAGUACAUAGUUACGAUGUCGAAAUCAUACGUAUGUGAGUAAGAACAUUUAACUGGACAUAAUAUCAUACUUUCUUUACACGAAUUAACGUUAUAUAUCAUUUAAAUGAAAGAAAGAAGAAAGAAAAA